GGUCCCUGUUGAUGAACCAAACCCGCCCAUCGCCCCAGGGCGGCAAAUCCCAGCCGGUGGCGCCGCGGUGGAGGAGCAAAGGCUUCCGCUGCAUCGGCGGCGUCCUGUACCGAGUGUCGGCCAACAAGCUCUCCAAAACCUCCAGCACCCCCGGCAGGACCAGGGACCUGGGCACCAAAAGCCCCAGCAGAGCAGCUCUGAGGUUGCACUCCACGCCCAGUCCUGGAAUCUCUCCCUCCGGCCUCAGCAGAUCCUCCUCGUGCCGAUACAUCGCCAGCCGUGCCGUGCAGAGGAGCUUGGCCAUCAUCCGCCAGGCCAGGCAGAGGAAGAAGAAGAAGGAAUAUUGCAUGUACUACAACCGCUUCGGGAGGUGCAACCGCGGCCAGAGCUGCCCCUACAUCCACGAUCCCGACAAAGUCGCCGUCUGCACCAGGUUUCUCCGUGGCACGUGCAAGAAGACGGAUGGGACCUGCCCCUUUUCCCACAAGGUGUCCAAGGACAAGAUGCCGGUGUGUUCCUACUACCUGAAAGGGAUCUGCAGCAACAGCAACUGCCCCUACAGCCACGUCUACGUGUCCAGGAAGGCAGAGGUGUGCCAGGAUUUCCUCAAGGGAUAUUGUCCCAUGGGAGAGAAGGUAAGGAAAGGGUUUAUUUAG